AUGGGUAACCGCAUGAUUUACUUCACGUUGGGACUUUUCCUAUUGAUAUGUUGGUACAGUGAUAAUGUCAUGGCAGCGGAUUCCGAUCCCUUGCAAGAUUUCUGCGUCGCAGACAAGGAAAGCAUGGUUAAGGUGAACGGGUUCGUUUGCAAAGAUCCCAAGGAUGUUUCGGCAGAGGACUUCUUCUUCGGGGGACUUGGGCAGGCAGGGAACACCGACAAUGCAGUGGGCUCCAAUGUAACGAUGGCCAAUGUUAUGCAGAUACCGGGCCUCAACACCUUCGGAAUAUCGUUGGUCCGUAUCGAUUACGCAGUGGGUGGAAUAAAUCCUCCUCACACGCACCCAAGAGCCACUGAAGUUCUUGUUUUACUGGAAGGCCAGCUUCUUGUGGGUUUCAUUGACACCACCAACAAGUUUUUCAGCAAAACGUUGGAGAAGGGAGAUGUGUUUGUGUUUCCAAAGGCACUUGUGCAUUUCCAGCAGAAUGUGGGGCAUGAAAAUGCGGUGGCCAUAGCUGCAUUGAGCAGCCAGCUUCCGGGAGCUCAGACAAUCGCCAACUCUCUGUUUGCAGCGGAUCCUCCUCUCCCAGAUUCCGUAUUGGCCAAGGCCUUCCGCAUCACCCAAGAGCUUGCCGAUUACAUUCAGAAGAAAUUUGCAUAAGAAUUUGCUUUUUUCUAUUAAAUAAAACAAACAAGCGGUCUGGUCUGGACAACGUGGGAAGACCGUCCUUCCCAAUUCUUUUUCCUCACAGUUGAAUAAAACUCUCUUUUUAGAGUUAUUGCCGUCCUCUUGUGCUAUUCAUAGCAUCCGUUUUUAACCCAGGCACUUCCCCUCCGUGAACAUUGCUUGCAAAUCUGCCAUUGUUUC